UCUCCCAGUUUCCCGGCGUGCUUCGGGCCCGCCAAAUGGGAGGGGGAGACGCAAGAUGGCGGCAGCCGCGAACUCCGGCUCUAGCCUCCCGCUGUUCGACUGCCCGACCUGGGCAGGUAAGCCCCCACCUGGCUUACAUCUGGAUGUAGUCAAAGGAGAUAAGCUAAUUGAGAAACUGAUUAUUGAUGAGAAGAAAUAUUACUUAUUUGGGAGAAACCCUGAUUUGUGUGACUUUACCAUUGACCACCAGUCUUGCUCCCGAGUCCACGCUGCUCUGGUCUACCACAAGCAUCUGAAGAGAGUUUUCCUGAUAGAUCUCAACAGUACACAUGGCACUUUCUUGGGUCAUAUUCGGCUGGAACCUCACAAACCUCAGCAAAUCCCCAUCGAUUCUACGGUCUCAUUUGGCGCAUCCACAAGAGCGUACACGCUGCGGGAGAAGCCUCAGACAUUGCCAUCGGCUGUGAAAGGAGAUGAGAAGAUGGGUGGAGAGGAUGAUGAACUCAAGGGCUUACUGGGGCUUCCAGAAGAGGAAACAGAACUUGAUAACCUGACAGAGUUCAAUACUGCCCACAACAAGCGGAUUUCAACCCUCACCAUUGAGGAGGGAAAUCUGGACAUUCAGAGACCAAAGAGGAAGAGGAAGAACUCAAGAGUGACGUUCAGUGAGGAUGAUGAAAUCAUCAACCCAGAGGAUGUGGAUCCCUCAGUUGGUCGCUUCAGGAAUAUGGUGCAAACGGCAGUGGUCCCAGUAAAGAAGAAGCGGGUGGAGGGCCAUGGCUCCCUGGGCCUGGAGGAGUCAGGCAGCAGACGCAUGCAGAACUUUGCCUUCAGCGGAGGACUAUACGGGGGCUUGCCCCCCACGCACAGCGAAGCAGGCUCCCAGCCACACGGCAUCCAUGGAACGGCGCUCAUCGGUGGCUUGCCUAUGCCGUACCCGAACCUUGCCCCUGAUGUGGACUUGACUCCCGUUGUGCCGUCAGCAGUGAACAUGAACCCCACACCAAACCCUGCUGUCUAUAAUCCUGAAGCUGUAAACGAACCCAAGAAGAAGAAAUAUGCAAAAGAGGCGUGGCCGGGCAAGAAGCCCACCCCUUCCUUACUGAUUUGAUAUUUUUGGUCAUGGAGAAGUGGGGGAUUGAUUGGGUGGGAAUGGGGUGGAAGGGUGACAGAACUAAUGAACUAGGGAGGAAAAUUUCCACGUGUGCAGUAUCGUCUUUGAGAAUGUCUCCUGGGGUCCUAAACCAUGUAAUACUGAGCCCGCAGGUGGGGCUGGACUAGCCCACAAACACCUGUCUUGAGAACGCUUUAGUGUAGACAGAGGAUUCGUGGGUACUUUUAAGUAGACUGCCCUGGCUCUUCCUACCCCUCCUCUCCUUCUCCCUAGGGUGAUUCACAUGCCUUCAGAUGGAAUCCAGACCUGGGGAGGUCACGUGGCCUCGAAAGUCCCAGGUAGCAAAGGAGUUGUCAUGGAUUUCAGGUUGAUCAGUUAAGCUAAGGUUUAAACUCGAACGUGUUUUCUUGGGUUGAUGGUUUUGAGGUCCAAUAGUUAGGCUUUUCUCUUUUGUCCUUUCUGUUGGAGUAAGAACAUUUUGAUUUCCCUUCGUCUGUUAUCAGUGCCCUGGCACAGGUUUAGGCUUUUUAACCUACAGUAUUGUUUGACCUUUACCUGUUUUUCUUGUCCAACCUGAAGCACUCCACUUGCCUAAUUUUUUUUUUAAAUUUAAUUCCAGAGUACUGUCCUCUACUCUAAGGCGUUAUUUUGCUUUUUGAGUGUGGUAUGGAGGCAGUUUUAAAGGCUGUGACGGGUUGGGGCAGAUCAAAUUUAAAAAGAGAAGAUUUCACUUUGUAAGGAACUGGUUUCUCUUAAGAGGACGUUUUAGCUGUUGGUGGAGGCUCCUCCCCCGGGUGGCAAGCUCUGCUCGUUCAGAGCUUCAGGAACAGCACUGGCUAACACAAGAGACCAAGGGAGGAGCUUUGUACAGAGAUUUGUACAUUUGUGUAAUAGGCCUUUUCACGCUUUCUGUGUAGCUUUUUACCUGUAACCUUUAUUACAUUGUAAAUUAAACGUAACUUUUGUCA